GUGACGCAUUGCGGCUCCACCAGCCGGCUGUAGGAGCGCGCGCAGAUCGUCCUCCGCGCCCAUGCUAGUCGCGCCCCGUGAGUCUGGAGGAGAGGGGCGCGCGCGUGUGCAGUGUUGCCAGCGCACGAGAAACGGGAGAGGAAAACCUGUGGCCUGUUUUUUUUUUUUUUUUCUUUUUUUUUGUUUGUUUGUUUAUUUUAAAUGGCUGAGAGCCGGCCGUGAGCUGGCGCUUUUGCUCUUCUUCCACUACUGGCCAUCUUGCAGAUUAAAUAGUAAAAAGUGGUGUCGCGGAGGACGGAAGGAUGUCGGGCGCGCAGGACGAGAGCUCGGUGCGCGUGGCUCUGAGGAUCCGACCCCAGCUCGCCAGAGAAAAGAUUGAAGGAUGUCACAUCUGCACUUUCGUGACGCCUGCCGAGCCCCAAGUGGUACUGGGGAAGGACAAGGCCUUCACUUACGACUACGUGUUUGACAUGGACACGAAACAGGAGACCAUCUAUGCCAACUGCACUGAGAAGCUCAUCGAGGGCUGCUUCGAGGGCUACAACGCCACCAUCUUCGCCUACGGACAGACAGGCUCGGGGAAGACUUACACUAUGGGCACUGGCUUUGACGUGAGCAUCGAGGAAGAAGAGCUAGGCAUUAUUCCCCGGGCCGUUGGCCACCUCUUCAAAGGCAUGGAGGAGCGUCGAGCGGCCGCCAGAGAGCAGGGCCACCCUGUCCCAGAGUUCAAGAUCAGUGCUCAGUUCCUUGAGCUCUACAAUGAGGAGGUGCUGGACCUGUUUGACUCCACGCGUGACAUAGAGGGCAGGAAGCAGAAAUCCAACAUUAAAAUCCACGAGGAUGCUAAUGGAGGAAUCUACACCAUGGGAGUCACCACACGGACGGUGACCUCCGAAGCAGAAAUGAUGCAGUGCCUGAAGCUGGGUGCACUCUCCCGCACCACAGCCAGCACUCAGAUGAAUGUUCAAAGCUCUCGCUCACAUGCCAUCUUCACCAUCCACCUGUGCCAAGUGCGGGUCUGCACACCAGAUCCUCCCGACAUGGAGACGGACAACAGGAUGGCUGAUGGCUCCUCAGACAUGAACGAGUUUGAGACGCUCACGGCCAAGUUCCACUUUGUCGACCUGGCCGGCUCUGAGAGGCUCAAGAGAACGGGUGCGACGGGCGACCGCGCCAAAGAAGGCAUCUCCAUCAAUUGCGGCCUGCUGGCUCUCGGCAAUGUCAUCAGUGCUCUGGGAGACCGGAGCAAGCGAGCAACCCACGUGCCUUACCGCGACUCCAAGCUCACUCGCCUCCUGCAGGACUCCCUCGGGGGGAACAGCCAAACGGUGAUGAUCGCGUGCAUUAGCCCAUCAGACAGGGACUUCAUGGAGACCCUGAACACACUGAAGUAUGCUAACCGGGCCCGGAACAUCAAGAACCGGGUCAUGGUUAACCAGGACAAGGCCAGCCAACAGAUCAGCGCUCUCAGGACCGAAAUUGCCCGGCUGCAGAUGGAGCUCAUGGAGUAUAAGACGGGCAAGCGCAUAGUUGGGGAGGAUGGCGUAGAGAGCAUCAACGACAUGUUCCACGAGAACUCCAUGCUGCAGACGGAGAACAACAACCUGCGUGUGCGUGUCAAGGCGAUGCAGGAGACCAUUGACGUGCAGAGAGCCCGCCUCACACAGCUGCUUAGCGACCAGGCCAACCAGGUGCUCGCCAAGGCAGGUGAAGGAAACGAGGAGAUUGGCAAUAUGAUACAAAACUAUAUUAAAGAAAUUGAAGACCUCAGGGCGAAGCUCCUGGAAAGUGAAGCAGUGAACGAGAACCUCAGGAAGAAUCUCUUGCGUGCCUCCACGCGGUCCUCCUUGUACGGCGGUCCCGGCUCCUUCUCCCCUGCGCUCCUCGCUCCUGAGAAGGAAGCUUCUGACAUCAUCGAGCUCGCGAAGAAGGACCUGGAAAAGCUGAAGAAGAAGGAGCGCAAGAAGAAGAAGAGGCUUCAGCUGCUGGAGGAGAAUCGGCUGGAGGUUGAGGACAACAGUGUGAUCAAGGAAGAAGUUCCUGACAACGAGCAGGAUAAAGGUGCAGAGAAAGAAACGUCGGAACGAGCCAGUGACGAGGUGGAGUUGGAGGGGCAAGAAGGUAGUGAUCACGAAGAUGGAGAUGAAGAGGAUGAGGAAGAAGAGGAAGAAAUGGAGGCGGAGGAGAGCUCUGAUGACUCUGAUUCUGAUCUUGAUGAGAAAGAGAACUUCCAGGCGGAUCUGGCCAACAUCACAUGUGAGAUCGCCAUCAAGCAGAAGCUGAUUGAUGAGCUGGAGAACAGCCAGAGGCGGCUGCAGACCCUCAAGCAGCAGUAUGAGCAGAAGCUGAUGAUGCUCCAGUGCAAGAUCCGUGACACACAGCUGGAAAGGGACCGCGUGCUGCAGAGCAUGAGUUCAGUGGAGACAUUCACUGAGGAAAAGGCCAAGAAGAUCAAGGCAGAGUAUGAAAAGAAGCUGAGCCUGAUGAACAAGGAGCUGCAGAAGCUCCAGGCAGCGCAGAAAGAGCACGCCAGGCUGCUAAAGAACCAGUCUCAGUACGAGAAGCAGCUGAAGAAACUGCAGCAGGAUGUAGCAGAGAUGAAGAAGACAAAGGUUCGUCUGAUGAAGCAGAUGAAAGAGCAGCAGGAGAAGAACCGCAUGACUGAGUCAAAGAGGAACCGAGAGAUCGCAAGCCUGAAGAAGGACCAGCGCAGGCAGGAGCAUCAGCUAAAGCUGCUGGAGGCCCAGAAGAGACAGCAGGAGCUGAUCUUACGCAGAAAGACUGAGGAGGUUACAGCCCUAAGGCGUCAAGUGAGACCAACAUCUGGCAAAGUAAACCGCAAGGUGAGCUUGCCAGAGCCACUUCAGGAUCCAUCCCAUCGGACCUCCGCAGGCCGGAUGCCCUCCAGCGGGGUGGCGUCUUCCAAUGGAACCAGGAAGUACCAGCGGCGGGUAGUGGGCGUUUAUUCAACCAAGGUGGCAAGGGCCAAGUGGCAGUCCCUGGAGCGCCGCAUCAGUGACAUCAUCAUGCAGAGGAUGACAAUCACCAACAUGGAAGCUGACAUGAACCGGCUGCUCAAGCAACGCGAGGAGCUGACCAGGCGGAGGGAGAAGGUUUCCAAGAAAAGAGACAAGAUGGCCAUGGAGGGAAGUGAUGCCGAAAAGGCAGUCCUGUCUCUUAACGAGGAGAUGGAGUCGCUGACAGCCAACAUUGACUACAUCAACGACAGCAUUACUGACUGCCAGGCCAAUAUCAUGCAGAUGGAGGAGGCCAAGGAGGAAGGUGACACCAUGGACGUGGCAGCAGUGAUCAGCUCCUGUACCCUUUCAGAAGCUCGCUUCCUCCUGGACCACUUCCUUUCCAUGGCUAUCAACAAGGGCCUGCACGCUGCUCAGAAGGAGUCCCAGAUUAAGGUGAUGGAGGGCCGGCUCAAGCAGACUGAGAUCAACAGCGCCACGCAGAACCAGCUGCUCUUCCAUAUGCUGAAAGAGAAGGCUGAGUUCAACCCAGAACUGGAUGCUCUGCUGGGCAAUGCGCUGCAAGAACUAGGUAACAUACCAGUGGAGAACAGAGACGAGAGCAGCAGCGAUGAGUCUGCCCAGAGUCCUGGCGCGGAUGGAAGCUCCUUGGCCUCUGACCUCAUGAAGCUGUGUGGUGAGACACGACCAAGGAGUAAGGCCCGCAGAAGAACCACUACUCAGAUGGAGCUGCUUUAUGCCAACAGCAGCGAUCCCUUUCCGGACACGUCUGCUGGGGAAUUCUCGUCCCCACUCCUGCCAAUGGCUGAAAGCCAGGAAGGGGUUGGGGACCUGGAUAUUGUGGGGGCAUCACAUAGGGAUAGGGACCUCAUGGCUCCUCCCACAGGCUUGUCCUUAAAGCUGGGUAGCAUCUCCAGCGUCAGACCUCCAUCAGGGGCCGAGAAGAGAGCGCCCGAGUCAUCCCCUCUCACCCGGAGGAAGAUGUAUGAGAAGGGACAAAUGGCAGCUGACAAGGUCAAGGGCAAGGAGAUGAAACACUCCAGUUCAGGGACCCCUGAGGCCAGCCCAUCACCCCCCUCCUCUCCUGUCGGCCGCUCCCGUAGCCAGCAGAACGUUUUUAACCGUCUAAGCAUUUCUCUUGAGAGUGGAGAUGCUCCACAUGAUAAAGGCGUGAUCAACCCUGUCCCGUCCUUCAAGAGCAGCAGGGCAUCCAUAUUACACUGCGUCCAUGUGGCGGAGGGGCACGCCAAGGCCGUGUUGUGUGUGGACUCCACCGAUGACCUGCUCUUCACUGGAUCGAAGGACCGUACCUGUAAGGUGUGGAACCUGGUGACAGGACAGGAGAUCAUGUCUCUUGGGGGCCACCCCAACAAUGUGGUGUCUGUGAAGUACAGCUCCAGUUUGGUCUUCACUGUCUCCACCUCCUACAUUAAGGUGUGGGACAUCCGUGACUCGGCUAAGUGCAUCCGCACACUCACGUCUUCUGGUCAGGUGGCAACUGGAGAUGUCUGUGCUUCAAACACUAACCGCACGGUCACUAUACCCGCCGGAGAGAACCAGAUCAACCAGAUUGCCCUAAACCCCAGGGGUACCUUCCUGUUUGCUGCAGCUGGCAACUCAGUCCGGAUGUGGGACCUGCGAAAAUUUUCGUCUACAGGAAAGCUGACGGGACACCUGGGUCCAGUCAUGUGUCUCACAGUGGACCAGACGGAUAACGGCCAGGAUUUGGUCAUCACUGGCUCCAAGGACCACUAUAUCAAGCUGUUUGAUGUGACGGAAGGUGCCAUAGGGAGUGUCAGUCCCACGCACAACUUUGAGCCACCACACUACGAUGGCAUCGAGUCCCUGACUGUUCAGGGUGAUGGGCUCUUUAGCGGAUCCCGGGACAAUGGCAUCAAGAAGUGGGACCUGCCUCGCAAAGACCUGCUGCAGCAAGUGCCGAACGCACACCGAGACUGGGUGUGUGCACUGGGCGUGGUGCCUGGCUUGCCUGCCCUCUUGAGCGGCUGCCGUGGUGGAGUGCUCAAGCUGUGGCACUCUGACACACUGGCACCGCUUGGAGAGCUGAAGGGCCAUGAGAGCCCCAUCAAUGGUAUCUCAGUCAACAGCAGUCACCUGUUCACUGCUUCUGAUGACCGAACAGUGAAGAUCUGGCGUGGGAGGGGGUCACUCGAUAACAUGUUGGAUGCAGCAGAUGCUGUGGAUGAGAGCGGCAGCAAUUGAGCAGAGCACCUCCUCACUUUGCCCUUUUCUUGGGCAAAUGCAGCAGAAGAGUUCCGCAUCACAGUGGACUUACGGAACUGUGGGGUUCAGGGGGCAGCUGGGCUCCUGACGGGCCCACCAAGUCACCAACUUGCCUGUUUCGUCAGCCACUACUCAACAUUUUAACUGAGGGCUUGCACUCAUGCCGUGGAAGACCUGCCAUGUCGCGUGUGUGUGCGUGCGUGUGUCCGUGCGUGUGCGCGUGUGCGCUCCUGCUCUGGCGGGAAGCAGGAAUCAGCAACCGGAACACACACUGGUCCAGCAUGGGGAAUCCAGCAUUGUGUAGCCAGAAUCGCAUGACACAUCUCGGUGAUUCCGUGUGCUGGGCCUACACACGCUGGCUUGAGCUUCUGUAGUCGUAAGUGCAAAUGUGUCCAUGUUACCCAGACUAGACCGACACGUACGCUUCAGCCAUUAAGGACUUGCUUUAAUGUCAAUAAGUGCAGAAGGAUUUGUGACCAAAGUGCGGGACAGCAGACUUGUCGGCGCUCUGCAGUACAGCACUAUGUUAUUCACAGUAGAAGUGUAAUCUUUCCAUGUGCUCCACAGUAAGUGUUCCUGCAAGUAGAGGUCAGCUAUUUGGUCUUUUUGUGCACUUGUUUUACAUCCUUGUCAUUCUCCAGAUGUUUCCUAACAUGAUGCUGUCGACCCCCUCGACAUACUGAACUUAUACCCAUGCUGCUAAGUCGUCUGCACACUAACUCGUAGAGAUUCCGGGCAAGCUCCACUUGCUGUAGGUAUGAGCUGUACGCAGUGUUCUGUGUGAAGAGGCGUGUUACUGUGCCUGUACUGUAUGCCUCAUACUUUAGAAUAAGCCCCUGCCCCCCCAGGUUCAUUCAGUUUUACCUUUAUGUUUGAAGCUUUAUGUAUAUAAGAGAUCUCAUUUUUCUUAGUUGCGGACAAUUGCCUGACUUUCUAGCAGAUCUAAUGUCAGAUGCCGUGUAAAAUAAAUGUCAUCUGUCAAAAGCAGUUUAAGGCAAGUUGUGUUUUUCCACACUAUAUCAUUAAUGUGAAACUGGUUUACACAUAGUGUGUUGUUGGUGAGUUAUACUGGAAAAAGGUCACAAUUAUAAAUAAAUACUGUCAUGAGCAUCAAAUAGCAUCUUCCCAGAUAUGAGUCCUGCUGAAACCUGAGCGUUGGUGACAUCCAAGGAGAGAAUGAAGGCCCUGCAGUCGCCUGCAGGUAAUGAGUGCCUCCUCCUGCUGGGUGGCAGUGUUCUUCCAUUAAAAGCCUUUCUAAAGGGCCCAGUACUUCAGUAAACAUUUUGAAACAUUUCACCCACCUUUGCUGUCAGCAGCUUGAUUUUGAACAUUUUGUGUGUUCAGUGACGUCACCUUCUAACAAUGAAUGGCACCAGUUGAGUAUUAGCGUAGGUCUUCAUCAAGAUCCCCCUUCAGAACCGUAGCUUUAGAAACCUGAGCGCCAUGGUGGUGCGGGGCGAAUGACUCAGCUGAUGCACUCUUGGAUCAGCAGCGUGAAAGUACCGUGCUGUAAUUUACCCUCAUUCCAACAGGCCGCUGUGCAUCUCUAACAUACCACAGCUCUGAGUCACUCCGGUUGACUUGACGGCCGCGCUUUCACCGCACCUGGAG